UUUUUAUUGGGCAUAAUUCUCUAAAAUUCUGGUCAUGCUGCUAUCACGCCACUGGUUAGUGGUGGUCGCCGCGGCGGCACUGCUGGGGGCGCGCCGUUCCCUCCAAGCACAGGACAACAUGCGGCGUGAGGACCAUCUCCGCUGGCCUGGCGGUGAGGUCACCUUCCAUCUGGGAAGGAACCUGACCGGCACCGUGAUGGCUAACAUCCGGGAGGUGAUUGAGGGCCUGGAGUCCGUCACCUGCCUCAAGUUCUCGCCGCUCGUAGGGCGCCGCGGCGGCAGGCACACCACCAAGGUGCUGUACAUCAGACAGGGACGCAGCUGCUACUACGAGAAGGUGGGUCGCAGGGCUUCUGGCUCCGUCCUGCUCAAGCUGGGCGACAGGUGCGCGCAGCGACCCACCGCCGUGCUGCACAUGUUCCUGCACGUGGUAGGCGUGCGCCACGAACACCAACGCUACGACAGGAACUACUACGUGACGGUGGACCACCACAACAUCCUUCCCUCCCACACCCUCGAGUACAUCAGGCGUAGCUGGGGCGUAAGCUAUGUGGCCAGCGCGGGGCUGCCUUACGACUACGCCUCCAUCAUGCACCACGCUGCCAAGGGGCACCCCCGCGAUUCUCGCAGACCCGUCAUGCUACCGCUGGUGCCCUGUGCGCAGCUCAUCAUGGGCCAGCGCGACGUACUCAGCCCCGCCGAUGUGGCCAGACUCAACCGCCUCUACGGCUGCAAGCGUUACUACCUGGGCGACGACAUCAUCGGCGCCGUGCCCUACGCCACGUGGCGGCGGCGCGCCCUGCGACUGCGGCGGCUAGAGGACCAUCGUCGAUGGUGAGGCUUGUGAGGCAGUGGGCCGCUGCUCUGCUGCCUGAAGAAGCCGAGGUUUGGGGCGUCGAGGCGUGGAGGGCCGGAGGCAUGGAGGCCUCGGUAGAUCCCUGGAAAAAAAAAAAGUACUUUGACGUCUCGCCGUUCUGGUUAAUUCCUGUGAUUUCUCUUUAUGAUUACGAACAAGUUAAAAAAAAAAAUUUUUGUUUGAAGUUUCAUGAAACAGCAACUCUUGGCAGCAUCGCGCCCUGGUAGAACACAGACCUGUGUUGUUUUUCACGAGCUGGCCCGCGCCACCAGCAAGCAGUGCUUACUCAUCACUGUGUGCUGCAUUGCUAUGUUGACAUUUCGAGCACGGUGAUGAAGCACCUCACCUGUGGCGCCACGCCCCCCAGACUGCAGCGGUGCCCAAAGCGGCGUAUCACUUCACCACACGAGUAGCCACAGGUCCCUGCCCACUGGGUAUGUUAUCAGGGCGUUGUCGCGCGUGUUAUGUGGUUUAUGUAGUUUUAUUAUUCCUUAUCGCUGCAUUUACAUGAAUUAGUCGUUGAGGCAACAUGACGCGCCUUUGUCCUGCCAGCACCGCACCGGUAAUGUAACGCUCCAGUGAGCGGUGCCGUAGGAGAGGCAACAAGCUGCUCCUGCCAGGCUGCGCCCCCUGUGUUUCAGUGCUGUGGCUGGCGGGGGCAGGAAUGUAUCUACCCAACAACAUCAAUGCGGCUGGAAAUACAGAGGGUGUGUACUUGUUUGUAGGAAGUGCAUUCCCUUCCACGUGUAGGGCCGCACUGCAAGGCAACCACGCCCCCACGCAGCCAGCACUCACGUCAGGCGGCACAUCGCCACCGAGUCACUUUUUGGCGACGGCCUCCCUCACUGGCCGCCUCUUGCCUGAUACCAGCAGGAGAGCACGUCUGGUGUGCUGCAGGAAGAGCGUGGCUGGCGUGCGAGAUAUGCGGAUGGGUGGGUGUCAUUGCUUGCCGUUCUGCAACGGCUGGAGGCCACCACUGAAGAGUGUCCUAUGUGCAACAACCCCAAAACCUGCAGCGUGUUAGCGGUGUUUCCGACAUCACACUAGAUAGCAUCACCGUCACCGU